AUGCAGUCAGGAAUUUCCGCCUCCAAGGAGCUGGUCUCCCAAUUCAACGACCUCCUCGGCUCCUCAUCGACCUUCGGCCUCCUCGUUAACAUCGCCAACGAACAGCUCCAGCCCAUCCAAACCCUGACCUCCUCCUCCCCCGGCUCCUCCUUCGCCUCCAACGUCGACUCCCUCCUGACCCCUUACAUCAAAGAGAAAGAGGCCCUCUACAUCAUCCUCAGGCGCUACGACUCCUCCCCGGCCCUGGUCGCCGUCACCUACGUGCCCGACACGGCGCCCGUGCGGCAGAAGAUGCUGUUCGCCGCGACGCGGCUGACGCUCGUGCGCGAGCUGGGGUCGGAACACUUCCGGGAGACCAUCUUCGCGACGACGGCCAAGGAGCUGACGAGCGCUGGGUUUGAGAAGCACGAUGCGCACACGGCGCUGGACGCGCCGCUGACGGAGGAGGAGAAGAGUCUGGGCGAGGUGAAACGCGCGGAGCAGGAGGCGGGCAGUGGAACGAGUAAGCGGGAGAUUCAUCUGGGAAGCCAGAUGGCGAUGCCGAUGGGGGAUGAUGCGGUGAUGUCGUUGAAGGAGCUGGCGAUGGGUGAGGGGGUGGGGGUUGUUUCGCUUAAAGUAAACCCCACCACAGAAACCAUCGACCUCCUCCCGGCCCCCUCCUCCACUCCGGGCUCUCUUUCCUCGCUCGUCUCCUCCAUCUCCACCACCGAACCGCGCUUCACCUUCUAUCGAUACACGCACACGCACAACGGCUCCGAGCAGUCGCCCGUCCUCUUCUUCUACACCAACCCCAGCUCCAACGGUGGCCGCGUAGCCAUCAAGCAGCGCAUGCUGUACCCGCUCAUGAAGCGGGCCGUCCUGGAGGUGGCGAGCAAGGAAGGGUUGAAUCCGGAUAAGAAGUUUGAGGUGGAGGAGCCGAGUGAGAUCACGGAGGAGAGUGUGUUGGCGGAGUUGCAUCCCAAGGUGGUGGAGAGCAGGGGGUUUGCUAGGCCGAAGAGGCCUGGUGGGUCUUUACACAAUAUCCUACACGACCUCCAUAAGCACCAUGGGACGUUCAAAAACGAUCGCGCGCUCGAUCGCGCGGGCUAUUACCGACACCACUGGACUUGCGAAACGACGAUCAAGCAACAGCAAUCCCCUUCGUCUAAUCCUACCUUCUACUCAACCAAAGACCAAAAGUACCUCGUCAAAUCCGUCCCACGGCACUCCGAACACUCCUUCUUCCGUGAAGACCUCCUAACGCCCUACGUCGAAUACAUGGCCACUCACCCGCGCUCCCUCCUCGUGCGCAUCUGCGACUUCCUCGGCGCCUCCGGCUAUUCCAUCGGACGGAUCCUGCGCCUCGCGCCCUCCCACCACAUCGUCAUGGAGAACAUCAUGUACGGCCGCUCCGAAGCGAAAAAGCGCGGCGACGUCGACUGGGAGGACUGGGACCUCAAGCCCACCUCAUACUUCUACCCCGAACGCGACAUAGCCGACGGCGCGCUGACCAGCGAGGCCACCAAGAGCCAGUUGGCGGAUGAGUUCCAUGAUAAGAUUCGUUUGAGCAGAGAGCAGGCUGAUGAGUUCUUUGCGAGUCUGGAGGAGGAUACGCAGUUGUUGGCUGAUCAUAAUGCUGUUGAUUACUCGCUGUUUUUGGUUCGCAUGCACACGCCCCAGGCACCGGGGCAGGACAAUAACCCUGAUCCUGCGGCUGCUUCUUCGUCCGAAGCUGUGUCGGAGGUGGUGCCGACCGAGGGCCCAUCGGUGCCGCCUGGCCCGCCGUCGUGGAGGACCGGGAUCGCCUCGGCGGAUGGAAAGUAUAUCUACCGAGCGUCGAUUUUGGACUUCUUUUGGGCGAAACAUAAGCUGCAGCCGAGGGUGAUGACGGCUUUGAUCAACUUGUGGAACUUGCUGAUUAGUAAGAGGGGGCCGAUGAGUAUUACGACUACGCCCGAGGAGUAUCGGCAGAGGUUUUUGAGGAUGUGUAGGAGUUAUGUGGAGGUUGUUGGGGACUCGAGGGAGUGA